GAGCCGCGGCCUGGCCCCUGAACGCUCCUCCUUCCAAACCUGCGCGUCCCACCCCGGCACCGGGAAGGCGGCUGUGCGCGCGCCCUUCCCUAAACCAGGCGCAGGCUUGGGCAUUGGAGGGCCAAGGAAAAGCGCGGCUGCGCAGCCGAGACUGCACCACGAGGGGUUGACAAGUAAAAUUGGAGUGGAGCAAACUAAAAGAAAAAAAAGAUGAAGCUUCUGUUUCUAAUAGUCUUCAGUUGCCUGUUUCCUCAAAGCCAAGGGAAUCCAUUUAGCAACGACAAUGAUGGACACCAAAGAACCUUUGAAGACAUUAUUGAGAAGGAAAUAGCCGGCUAUUCAGAGGUUGCCAAAAAGAUCAUCAACCUUGCUGUUUAUGGCAAGGCCCAGAAUAGAUCCUAUGAAAGACUCACACUUUUUGUGGACACCAUUGGACCAAGAUUGAGUGGUUCCAGAAAUUUAGAGCUGGCGAUACAGUAUAUGUACAAAGCCUUGAGGAAGGAUGGGCUUGAAAAUGUCCACUUGGAGCCAGUAAAAAUACCCCACUGGGAAAGGGGAAAAGAAUCAGCACUGAUGGUGGAACCAUACAACCAUAGCAUUGCUAUGUUAGGACUCGGUGGCAGCAUUGCAACUCCUCCAGAAGGCAUCACAGCUGAAGUCCUAGUGGUGUCUUCCUUUGAUGAACUGCAUAAAAAAGCUCAGGAAGCCCACGGAAAGAUCAUUGUUUACAACCAGCGUUACAUCAAUUACGGUGAAACUGUGCUGUACAGAAGUCGAGGAGCAGUAGAAGCUGCUAAAGUGGGAGCAAAAGCAUCUCUUAUCAAGUCUAUUGCUCCAUUUUCUAUUAAUAGCCCCCACACUGGAAUACAGUCAUACACAUCUGAUGUACCCAAGAUUCCCACAGCCUGCAUUUCAGUGGAAGAUGCUGAAAUGAUGGCGCGAAUGUCUUCUCGGGGCACCAAGAUCAUUGUGACUCUGAAGAUGGGAGCCAAAACCUAUCCUCAAGCUGAUUCCUUUAACACCGUUGCAGAAAUAGUUGGCAGUAAAUACCCUGAGCAGGUUGUACUGGUGAGCGGACAUCUGGACAGCUGGGAUGUGGGGCAGGGAGCCAUGGAUGACGGUGGCGGAGCAUUUAUAUCCUGGGAAGCAUUAUCGCUCAUCAAGGAUCUUGGGUUGCGUCCCAAGAGAACUCUGCGUUUAGUGCUUUGGACUGCAGAGGAGCAAGGCGGAGUAGGAGCUGAACAGUACUACCAGCUGCAUAAAGUGAACAUCUCCAACUUUGACGUGGUCAUGGAGUCCGACGAGGGAACAUUCAUGCCCACCGGCCUGGCUUUCAAAGGCAGUGAUAAGGCUCGUAAUGUCAUUAAGGAGGUCAUGAAACUGCUGAAGCCCAUCAACAUUACCAACGUUUUUGAAAACGGUGGAGGAACAGACAUUAAUUACUGGAUACAAGAUGGAAUACCAGGUGCCAGCUUGCGUGAUGAUAUCACUAAGUACUUCUGGUUUCAUCAUUCCCAGGGGGACACAAUGACAGUUCAGGAUCCAACCGAGAUGAAUCUCUGUGCCGCUGUUUGGGCUGUUGUGUCCUAUGUAAUUGCUGACAUGGAAGAGAAGGUGCCAGUGUGAUUUUUUAAAAAAAAAAAAUCAAGAAAAAGGAUUGAUCUUCUUCAGUGUAGACCAGGAAUGAGUGAGACCAACCACACUGGUGAAAUCCUGUGUUAUCUCAAAAAAUUAAUCUUCUUUUGUUUGAACUCCAAGCACAUUUCUUUUAUUUUGCGGGCCUGGUUCAAUUUAUUGAUUUAAUAUCUUCUACUCAUUAUGUUCAUUUCCUGCUACUUAUAUUAAAUUCUGUGGUUGUUCGAUAGCUGCCCUCUACUCUUCAAGAGCCAUUGUUUAUCUGCUACAUACUCAAAAUAAACUUGUUGCAUUAUCUCAUGA